GAUCGCUGGGUGCAGUGGAUGAACGUUUCCUGUAGCGUGUUUUUUUGCUUUUUUUUAGUGUUGUUGCACAAAUGACACUUGAUUUGUGUGGAGUAGAUUUACGAGAGGAAUGGCUGUGGGUGUGGGCUGAGCACCGACGGCCCUCCGCGGCCCACCACGGCUCUACCUAGUCCGCGCCUCGGCACCGCUGAAUGAAGUCUCGGGCCUCAGAGCUGUCAUCGCGAGAAAUGCAGGGUUGGUCGCGCCGUUGGACAGCUCCCUCGGUGGAGGGGCGUCUGGGACGCUAGCGCGCGUGCGCGCGCGAGGCUCCGCCCUCCCCGCCGCUAUUUGCCCCCCAUGCUGGCCGCGCGCCUGGGUCGCGGGCUGCUGUGCGGGCUCCUGUGGGGCCCCGCGCCGGCCGCUGCGAGCCAUGGCCCGGCGCGGCGGCUCCUGCUGCAGAAGCGUGGGGCUGCCUUCUCCCAGCGCUCGUCAUCCCUGGGCCGCCGGCUCCCUCCAAGCUGCGCGGCGACCAAGGACGGCGAGGAAGACCCGGACGCGGAGGAGCGCUUUCUGUUCCCGGAGUACGUCCGGGAGCCGGACCCCGAGGAGCAGUUGCGGGAACUGCGGGAGCUGCAGCAGCGGCAGGAGGAGGAGGAGCGACGGAGGUUGCAGCGGCGGGAGGAGCGGCUUCAGCAGAAGCUGCGGGAGGGUCUCCUGCCUCUGCCGGUCUCGGAGCUCCCCGACGUCACGGUGCCGCCCAGCGGCGUCUUCUGCUCGGGGUGCGGGGCCGAGCUGCAUUGCCAGCACCCCAGCCUGCCGGGCUACGUGACGGACGAGAAGUUCCGCGCCGCCACCCAGGCCGACGGCGGCCCGACGCGGACCGUGUGCCGGCGCUGCUGGCUGCUGGUGCACCACCGACGUGCGCUGCGCCUGCGGGUGAGCUGCGAGCAGUACCUGGAGCUGGUGAGCGCCGCGCUGCGGCGGCCGGAGCCCUCCCUGGUGCUCUAUAUGGUGGACCUGCUCGACCUGCCCGACGUCCUGCUUCCGGACUUGCCCAAGCUGGUGGGCCCCAAGCAGCUCUUCGUGCUGGGGAAUAAAGUGGACCUGCUGCCCCAGGACGCGCCUGGCCAUUUGAAGCGGCUGCGGCAGCGGCUGUGGGACGACUGCAUCCGCGCUGGGCUCGUGGUGGCCCCCGGCAGCCGAAAAGCUCAGUAUCCUGCCGGGGAUGAGCCACAGGGCGAGAACAAGAAUCAGAACCCGCCGGCCAGGGCCGGCCCGGUGGUCAAGGACGUGCGGCUGAUCAGCGCCAAGACCGGCUACGGAGUUGAAGAAUUGAUCUCCGCGCUUCAGCGCUCCUGGCGCUACCGCGGCGACGUUUACCUAGUAGGCUCCACGAACGCCGGCAAGUCCACUCUCUUUAACACACUCCUGGCGUCUGAUUACUGCACCGCCAAGGGCUCCGAAGCCAUCGACCGGGCCACCAUCUCCCCCUGGCCAGGUACUACAUUAAACCUCUUGAAGUUUCCUAUUUGCAAUCCGACUCCUUACAAGAUGUUCAAAAGACAUAAAAGACUUAAAGAAGAUGCGGCCAAAGCUGAAAAAGAUCUGAGUCAGGAAGAACAAAGUCAGCUCAAUCAACUGAAAAAGUGUGGUUAUGUAGUAGGAAGAGUUGGAAGAACAUUCUUGCACUCCACAGAGCAGAACACAGGGGUUCCCUUUGAGUUUGAUGCUGACUCGCUGGCCUUUGACAUGGAAAAUGAACCUGUUGUGCCUGUGCACAACCACACCAAACAAGUAGAGCUGACCCCACAGGAUGUGAAAGAUGCCCACUGGUUUUAUGACACCCCUGGGAUUACCAAAAAAAGCUGCAUUUUAAAUCUUCUAACAGAAAAAGAAGUCGAUAUUGUUUUGCCAACACAUUCUAUUAUCCCAAGAACCUUUGUUCUCAAGCCAGGAAUGGUUCUAUUUUUGGGUGCUAUAGCCCGAAUAGAUUUCUUACAGGGAGAUCAAUCAACGUGGUUUACAGUUGUGGCUUCCAACUUCCUUCCUGUUCAUAUUACUUCCUUGGACAAGGCAGAUGCUCUCUAUGAGAAACAUGCAGGUCACGAGUUACUGCUGGUUCCAAUGGGUGGAAAAGAACGAAUGGCACAGUUUCCUCCUCUGGUUGCUAAAGACAUUACAUUAAAAGGAGGUGGAGAAUCUGAAGCAGUAGCAGAUAUCAAGUUUUCCUCUGCAGGAUGGGUUGCAAUAACACCUUACUCUAAGGGCACACUGCAUCUCCGAGGUUACACGCCUGAAGGAACUGCUCUGACCGUCCAGCCCCCUGUCUUGCCAUAUAUUGUUAACGUCAAAGGACAGCGCAUCAAGAAAAGUGUGGCCUAUAAAACUAAGAAGCCUCCGUCCCUGGUAUACAAUCUAAAGAAAUCAACUAAGUAAGGCAGACCUGGAUUCAUACUGGAUAGUAACAAUAUUGAAAUAUGUUGAAAAUGCAUUAAAUACAAAAUUAAUAAAGACACAAACUUUUACAGAUCUUACAAAGUUAACUUUUUAAACUACUUGAGGCUAUGCUUAUUGGUAAUAUAUUGUUUAUAAUUAAAAACCAGUUUUUCUUAGUAUAUAUGUAUCUGUGGUCCAAGUGUAUAUAAGAGGCUUACUUCCUUCUGAUUUUCAUGGAGAUCAGGUUUCAUUUCUUUUAUUUGGAGUUGAUUGUUAACAAAGCAACCUAGUAAUUGAUGUGAACAAAGUAACUUAGUCCUCCAGAAUACAGUGGCUGCCUUUCAUGUAGUCACCCAAGGAUCCAAGCUGCUAACUGCUCUAUCAUUUCACAGUCACUGUCAUCAAAACAAAUGAGAAAAACUACAUAAAGGAGGAAAGAUUUAUUUUAGCUCCCUGUCCCAGAAGUUUCAUUUCAGAGUUGACCCUAACAGAACAUGAUUGCAGAGGACAGCCAUUCACAUCCUGGAAGAACAGGAAUUACAGUAUCAGAACCAGCCAGGCGCAGUGGAACACACCUGUAAUCCCAGCACUCAGGGAGGCAGAGACAAGUAGAUCCCUUGUGAGUUCGAGGCCAAACUGGUCUACAAAGUGACUCCAGGACAGCCAAGACUACACAGAGAAAGAAGCAAAGGCCAGACUUGAUCUUAUGUGCCUGCUUCCUGAUCAAACACUCGAACUGGAGAGGGACACUGGCUUCCUGCACGUCUAGCGUGGACCAUGUUCUCAUUGAGCAGGGACUCAGUGCUCAAGCAGGUGAGCUCUCCUGAUCAUUUCCCAUCAUUUCUCUCCCAGCCGGCUACUGUGUCACAGCAAUAGAACCAUUCCUCCCUGGGUGCUGUCCCCUCAGCAGUACUGUUUUCUUAUCUGUCAAGGCAUAAUGCUUGAAUGUCAAAAAAUGACUGCAGGCCACUGUUCACACCGCUGCCUGCCCUCAGUGUCACCCAUCAUGUGCUCUGCCCAUUGAUGCCCUGAGUGAGAAGGGCAUGGCAUUUGAACAUCUUAUGGGUUUGCACCUCAGCUUUUCCCUUCAUAUCAAAGAUCAGUUGAUAUUCUGAAAUAUAUCCAGAUUCUCUCCAGAACUCCUCUUGCUUGAACCCCUGGGUUUCAGAUGCUUCCUUUUACUUCCUAAUUAACUCAGAACUUAGUUUCUGGGUACUCACUCUGGAAGAAUAUAUUUGGCCUCCAUGUUCCUACUAACAGAUGAAAAAUUACAAUGCUAAAGCCAGGCAUGAUGGCGCCACCACUUGAGAGGCAGAGGUAGCAGGACCACAAGUUCAAAACCAGCCUGUCUCAAAACAAAGGUACGAUGCCUGAUCACAGAUACUGUACUCCGAGUGCUUGCGGCCAGUAGCUGAGGCCAUGAAAAACCAACUGGAUUUGCUAGAGAAUGUAUUACCAUGUCACAGUAUUUGGAGGUACAAGACUGCCAAAAUCAUACCUAAACUUUCACCAAGUCCAUGUGAAGGAGAGUACAGCUAAUGGAUGGGAGAUGAAUGAGUAGAGAUGUGGGUUCAUUGGUCGGUUGUGUUCUCUGAGAAAUACCCAGUCGACUGGUUGACCUGGUAGUGUUUAUCCUGAUUUCUGGAAUGUCUCCCUUUCCAUACUGCUCAGAGGUUGUACUGUGAUCAUCAUGGCCCUUACAUAUC